CAGUCAACAGAUCCAACAUACAGGCCACAGGAUGGUUCUCAGUUGACCCAAGAGGAAAACAAAGCAGUGAACCUCUCUAAACAUCUGUCGGCUAUAGACGACUCGUCAAUCUCGCAGGGCCUCGUAGAAACAAAGCCACCAAUGGAGAACUCGCCCAAAACAGGGGUUAUAAAACCCUUAUCUCCCAAAGUUGGGACGACAAACUAUCCAUGGAACAUCACUGACAGAAAGAGAGUGACAGAAAGACAGUAUGCUGUGAACUCCGCAAAUGGCUACAGCAAUGAAGACAUUACAGUGUUGCGGGCCCAGUCUUGUGUCACAGUCCAAGGGGAGGAGCUGGGGGGGGAUGUGGUGUUUCAGGCCAACCAGAUGGCAGUGGUUGAGGAUGAAGGAGGCUUGGUUCACCCAGUAAGCCCAGAUAGCCCAGGAUCCAGAAGGGGGUUUUACUCCUUUGUAGAGCAGGGCCUUGAAGCAGACAAGACAGAAGUCUGGAGGACCUCUCCUGAGAGGGAAGCCAAGCUAGCCACCCUGAGGAGAGAAAACAGCUUUGAGUUGCGGGCCUACCAAGAGGAGAAGAGACCGAAGAAGCUUUUCCCCGGAGAAGACAAUGAGGAGUCCCGCUACAAGGUUUUGGUUCACUCUCUGGAAAAAGAGAUUGAGUGUGACAGGCGGGAUAUCAUCCGCACCCAAGCGCCCAAGAAGAAUCCCAUCUUUGCAGACCAGUGGAGCUCCCUGGAAGGGCUCGAUCUAGCCAGGACACUCAACAACAGUGGGCCUCUAGAAGGGAUGGCCCUUUACUACAGUCCCCUGCCUCCCAGGCAGAGCUCUUCCAUUAACGUAGAGCCUGGGAGUGUGGACACCGAGCAGAUCAACUUUAGCGCCGCACGGCAGCAGUUUCUCUUAAUGGAAAAGUCGAACCAAAGCCCCUUUCUUCGAAGUCCCAGGCAACCACUACAAAUGACCCCCAAAAAUGUUCAGGACAGCCCACUGUUGGAAGGGAGCAUCGUCAAAGCAAUCAGGGUGCAUUACGACAGCCCUGGAGAAAGUAGCCCCAUCCACGGGCAAUACCAAGGCCCGGUCAAGGAUGUGGCUUUCACCAUGAAAAGAGCAGGUGCAGAAGAUCAGAUAAAUAAGAGCAAGUGGCAGAACUAUGUGACUGUCUCUUUUGAUGAACUUGAUUCCGGCUUGGGGGAGUUCUCGGGUGACUAUGGAGCCGGCUACACCAGUGAUGGAAGCCUCUCUAAUGAACUCUCCAGCACCCCGGAUACAGGGCGGAUUUCGAAGCCAAAGUCAGAAACACCCAUCGAACGGGAGAUCAGAAUCACCCAGGAAAGGGAAGCAAGCCUCCGGCAGGAACGAGGAAUCUCCCGGACGAAUCUGGUGGAAAUGGUAGAGAUCAAGACCAAGCCUGUCCUCUCUAAGGCUAGCUUGGCCAAUUCACCAGUGGUCAGCAGGAGCAAGGAAAAAGGGCGGGUGAGCUUCUUUGUGCAGCGGGAGAUUGAGCGCGAGACCCGCAGGGAAAAAGAUCUCCACCAUGAGGGGAAGGCCCCAGGGCUCUACGACCAUGGGACACCCCAGGAACUAGAAGAACGUAAGAAAGUCUUUGAGCUGCAAGCUGAUGAUGUCCCAGUUACUCCAAACAAGAUGAGCAUUUCCGGUAAACUGAUAACAGCCUGGAAAUCUGAAGAGUGGAAGAAAGCAGUUCCAGAAGCACCCUUGCCAGCUGCGGGCAAAACGACUGCUGGCAGUGAGAACUUCUCUGCUGGGCCUUGCUGCCCUCAUCGGCACCCUGAUGAGCCUAAGAGAGAAUCAAUAGGCCAGCCUCCCAUUCAUGUGGUUAAAAAGGGUUCCAUCACACAAGUUCAAGAAGAAGCAAAGGUGGCCGAGGCAAAGGCCAAAUGGGAAACAUUUCAGCCCUAUCAGGAGACGUUUGAGACCCAGCCUUCAUCAAGGGAGCCUCAGCUUUACCUAGGGAGUCGAUGGGGUGUCAAAGACUCCCCUGGACUCAGUGAUGAUAGAAAGUCCUCAGAGCUCAGUGGUCUCAGAAGCGCCUCAGGUCUCAGUGUCAGCAAUGAUCUGAAACCACGCCUGACUGCCCUACCCGAGCCGUUCAGCCUGAGAUCCCGCAAGCUGAGUACCCCCAAUGUGAUCCGCCAGGAGAUUGAGGAGGACCUGAAGAGAGAGAAGGAUCUGCGCAGGCUGAGGUUGAGCACCAGCCUGGCUCCCUCUGUAGACCUGGGUCAGGACACCGUGGACCAGCAAGCUCCAGCAACCACAACCAGAAACUUGAGCACAGGUAAACUGGAGGCACUGGGAACUCCUUCAUCCCCAAGUCUGACCUCACGCACUCCGGGUGUUUCCAUGGUGACACCUCAGCCGUGGGUAGCCCCCCUGUGGCCGGAGUCUCCGCGUACUCCAGGUGUUUCCAUGGUGACAGCUCAGCCGUGGGUAGCCCCCCUGUGGCCUGAGUCUCCCUCCACCCCAAGAAGCUACGGUCAGCCAGGCCAGGGCACGAGCGUCAAAGGUCUGACCGAGACUCUGCUGGGGGACUUUGAGGAGCGAAAGAUCAAAAUGAAACGGGAGGAGGGAAUGUAUGCUGGUAUUGAACCAAGUGAUGAGGUGAACAAUGAGGUGCUGGAAGCCACGCGUGUGACACGGCACAAGAACAGCCGUGCCCUGCGUUGGGAGGCAGGCAUGUACACCAAUGAAGCAGAGAAGUGACGUGAAGCACCCAGAGCUCUGUAUUGAAACUUGUGCACAUCACACAUCACACAUCCUGCCUGCAAACCACUACCACACUGCCCCCUGCUGGAGAUCACGACUCAAUGUCAUCUCUGGUUUCCUUCAUUACUUAUAUAGGUUACUUAGUCUCUACCAUGUACCUGCCAUUUAUUACUUGGUCUUUAUUUGAAUUGAAAAAAUUAUUCAUAUUUCAGAAUGUAUGCCAGUUAAUGGAUUCCAGCAUGCAAAGAGAAAUGCGCAAGAUUGAAUAGACAGACACAGGUGGUAUUCCCAUCUGAUUUAGGGUGGCAAAAAAGAGUUGAAAGUCUGCAGCCUGUUUAAUGCAAUGUGGAAAUUACAGGUGCCAGAUGUGCAAAAUGUCUGAAAACAUGUGUUAAUAUAUUUUUAUGCUAUUGUUGUAAAGUUAUGUUAACCAAGGUUUUGAAGGCGAUUUGCUUCCCUCUUCUUACUGUCACUGGUCCCUCUUUUCUUUCACUGGUUCCUUGCUUGUAUUUUAUGCUUCAACUUGCAAUAUUAGCAAUAUAGCUGAAGAGUUGCUGCUGCUGUUUCCUGGUACCUAAUCACUUCCUGUGUUGGAGUUCCUAUUGCAGACAGUGUGACCUACAGCAAAAGGUACCAGGAUGCAGCAGUUCAUCUAUGCCAUUGAAAUAACAUGAAUAAAAAAGUGAAGCCACACAAGAUUCUUAGCAGAAUAAAAAGGAGACCAGCAAUAAGAGAAAUUGUUUAACUCUAACUCUUAUAAUCACAAAAUAACAGUGCAGCUCCUCAUAAUCAUGUAAAAAUCACAAGGUUAAAAACAUUGGAAUAAAAUCAAGAGUUUAUCGGAUUAUAGCCAAAUGCAUUCGGAAACGUCAACUAGAUUAAACAAAAUCAUCACAGUGGGGAACUGAGAUUGGAGUAACCUAGGGGACUGACAUCACAGCAGCUCAACCAGCAGGACAACCAGGACUCAAACCCUGGACCUGCAGAACUGGAGGGGUCAAACCCAAGCUUGCUGCCCCCAAAUACAGAGUGCAUUGCAGGGGAGGGAGGCGUUUUAAUAUACAGUGUCAGAAUAUCUAGAUAGGCAUCUAAAGUACAUAUGCAGAAUAAUGAAUUCAUUUAUUAGGAAUGUAGACUUCCAGAUAUGAUAUUGCCAAAAACUGUGUUUACAUUUGUGUGAGGGCAGGAGAUUACCGUAUAUAACUGUGUAUAGGUGCGCUCUGUAUUAUGAAUCAAAGUUCUCCAUUCAGCCUGUAUAACAAUGUAGUAUGUAACACAAUGCAAUGGAGGUUCUUCUAUUUGUUUUUGGUUAUCUGAACUCAAUACAGACGAUUUUGUUUCUCUUCUCAAUCUAACAAUAGGAUCUUUUUUGCAUUCUGAGGACUGAAAAAGUCAAACUUGAGGGUGUGGUUAGAGUAGCGGGUCUUAGCUUCAACCUCACGGAACUAUUUUGACCCGUUUUUGUCGGCAACACUGUAGGUGAAACCAGACCAAAGCGACACAUUGUGUGACUUGAGACCCGGUUCUGCUUUCUCCUCACACAGCUGCCUUCUACCUAGGAGCAUGAGCACCACUGUACUAGUACCAGAGUCCUGAUAUAAUACAGUCCAGAACAGAACAGUAGUAUUUUUAUAAUAUUUUUAUUUUUUAUAUAUAUAUAUAUAUUUUAUGGGCUACAUACCAUAUUUUAAUAAACAAAAAAAUAUUUUACAGAAACACUAUUUUUUGCGUAAGCCAACAAAGUUGGUGAUAGUCAGUAGCAAAAGUUGCGUCUUUUUUCUUUUUUUUUUUUUACGCAGGUCUGUUCUAGUCACAGGUGAAGUGAAAGAUGUCACCACACCAUAAAAGCCAGUCUCUGGGCUGUUUUACCAACAGCCAAUUUGUUUGCUAGAGUGUUGGCCAACAAAAUCGUUUGCAUCCUCCUUCAAUUAUCUCUCAAUUACAUUGCCUACCAACCUAGAAAUAUUAGUGACGGGUUUGUAUGUUAUUGCC